AAUCUGCGUAGUAAUAAUCCUAGUAAUAGUAAUAAACACUCAGGGCACAAUCAACUCACAUGUCCAGGGAACGUGACAGGCUCCCUCACCGCCUUGGCCCCUCCUCCCGUGGCUUCCCCUGCUGCAUCCGGAAACUACUCGUAAGCUCCAUCCAUUCAUACUCCUUCAACAAACGGCGUGAUAUUUCUUUUUCCUGUUCGCUGUGCAAAGGGUUCCUCUCACAAGGUGAACCUAGUCCCCCCCGAUUCAAGGGCGCUCCAGCCUGUCCCAUCGUAAAUCAUGCCCUGCGUCCUCCACAUCUCUCCACUGGCAGCACUUCAGGAGCUUCACGGUGGCUGCGCUGUGAGCUGAUCUCUAUCUCGACUCCGGACAGGAAUUUACGACGUUGCAAGUCAGUCAGUACCUUGCGUCGAUCGGACAGCUAACCGGGAAGAAGAACAAACACUGUGCAUUUCCAUCAAGACGCUGACCAGUCGAAGCGCCAUUGAACCCGACGCCACAUCAUGACAUCCACCCCCAAAAGCUCCCUCGAUAGCGAGGAGCGCAUGUCCAACGUUUCCGAACUCCCAUCCCAACACUCACGCAUCUUAUCCAAUGCCGAUAGUACUCGCCGCAAGUCCAUCCAAUUCAACUUUGGCGCGACCGAGCCACAAGGGCACCGUCGCUCCACGAGCACCGCCGGCGGACGACUUUCCCAACAAGAAGUUCUAGAAAAGGAACAAAAGGCUGCUGGAAGAGGCCCUUCGCCUCCACCGCCUCGGACCUAUGAAAGAGGUGUUUCAUUCAAUACGUUCGAUAACCCUGAUGCGGCGGACUUCUCCUUGACUCUCAACUAUAAACAUAAAGGGUAUCAGUGUACCAGGCGCAGCCGAACUUUUCUGUGUGGCACGGAUCAGAAUGAUUAUUCCGAUUUUGCCUUGGAGUGGCUGAUUGACGAACUAGUGGAUGAUGGCGACGAGAUUGUUUGCCUUCGGGCUGUGGAAAAAGAUUCGACAAUCGCAAGCGAUGCCGCGAUCGAGGAGGGGAAAUACCGGCAAGAGGCAGAAAAGCUAUUUGAGCAGGUGAUCCAGAAGAACACCCAGGAUGAAAAGGCAAUCAGCUUAGUAUUGGAAUUGGCCGUGGGAAAGGCCCAGGAUAUCAUUCAGCGCAUGAUCCGGAUCUACGAGCCGUCAGUCCUUAUUGUUGGCACCCGGGGCCGUAACUUAAGCGGCAUGCAGGGUUUACUACCGGGGUCCAUCUCGAAAUACUGCUUGCAGCAAUCGCCAAUUCCCGUAAUCGUCGUCCGUCCCUCGACCAAACGGGAAAAGAAGAAGAAGAAGCGCCUUGCGGAUCCUACCCGACGCGGUUAUAAUCAAAUUCUGGAGAUGAGCGAGCGGCGUGGAAGCAACAUAUUCGAUGCGAGUUCGAGCACGGACAGUCAUAUCUCCAAACUUCCCGAUGAGGAGGCUGCUGUGGCCGCGGCUCUCGGUCUGCCUCAAUCAUACGCCAAUUCGCGCAGUUCUCUCUCCAUGUCCGAGAGGAGCAGUGUUAGCCACGACGAUCAUGAGUCGCCAUCACCCAGUGGAGGUUCCCCGGAUAUCAGCCCAAGUCCAGCGGCAGGCAGCCCAGAGAGCACUGAAAGUGAAAGCAUAACGGACGACGAGCCUGGCUCGCGGACCAAGAAUGCACCUGAGGGCUCGCCUGACGUAGCAUCCCUAGAAUCUAAGGAAGUUGAUGCGUCAUCAACGGAUGAGUCCGAGCUCACCAAUUCGAAUCAAAGCACACCACGACCAGGCAGUUCAAAGGUGAACAUUCCGGUCAUUGUUACUGAGGACCUGACAGAGAAUGGAACAAGGGGCCAGUGAGCCUACUCGAGACAGCUCUAGCAAGUUGCUACAGUCUACCACGGCAACGUUCGUACGGACAAGAGCACUAGCUCCGGUUUCCGACGAGUAAAUCAUAUCAUACCAGUCAACAAAACUACAACUUCAUCACACCAUUAAUCACAAAUACGUAGAAUUUCAUGACUACCACAGCAUCAGAGGGAAGCAACACCCUUCAGAGACAGUGCGCUUACCAGCACCACUAUCGGCAGCACAGCACAGACACGUGUAUAUCACCUCCCUUUCAGCCAUCGAUCUUAACAACACGAUAUCUACUACACCUAGAUACAGAGGUCAAACUAGCUCUCAGAACACAGCACACCAGCGCACAGAAGCAGGCGCAAGCCGCCGAGCAAUGAGUUCAAACCGUCACCGCUGAAUUUCCGGUUUCUUGAAUGACUACAAUCACAUUACAAUUAUACAGGCAUUAGCACAAAGAUAGCCAAGCAGGUCACAUAUCUAUGCAUGAUAGACAGUGCAUGAAUACCAUCUAAUAAUCAUAUCAAGUUAUUGACUCAAA